CUCAACUACAUAGUGAGACCCUGUCUCAAAAAACAAAAACAAACAAACAAAAAGAAAGGUUCCUUGGGAAGGGCCAAACAUCACACAGAGAUGCAGCUUUUGUAUAAGCACCUCAACCCACCAGCUUCCCCUCCCAAAGAUUUUGCAGUUUAAGAACCGGUCUUUUCCAAACCUGUCCUGGGUUCUGGGGAUACUGAUGAGCAAGAUAGCGUCUGCCCCUGCCCUCACGAGUUCACAUAACUCUAGGGUUAAGGUCUCAUAGGACUGAGAAGGCCCUCUCCACAUUUCUGCCCAUGGUCUUCUCACUGGGGCACCUCUGGGUUGAGGAUGUAGUAGGUCUGUGGAAGAUCAUUUGCCCAGCAUUCAAGGGGCCUUGAGUUCACAAAAAAGAAAGAUCACCUCCUCCCUCUUUGAGUUAAGAGUUCUGUUUGGGGGGUUGUUUAGCUUUGUUUUGAGACAGGACCUUACUACAUAGUUGAGGCUGGCCUUGAACUCACAGCAAUCCUCCUGCCUCAGCCUCUCCAGUGCAAGGAUUACAGGUGUUCAACACCAUGCCUGUUUUGGAUUCCGUGUACUUUUUAAAACCUUAAGCCUGAACUGAACGUGUUCGUUGGCCUGUGUACACCGUAUAAUGGGACCUCCAUUCUACCACCAUGCUCCUGACUCCAGCUGCCAACACUUCCUGUUCCUAAAGCAGCCCAAGUCCAACCUCCUGGGCCUACUUACUCCUGAAUGUCACCUUAUCAACAGGUUUGGAGACACAGGUAAAGGGAAUCAGACUGAGAGAACACUUGCAGAGCCAGCAGGGAGCUGGGCAGCUCCUUCCUGGAUCCUGGAAACCCUUCACCUCUUCCAGAUGAAAAGUAAGAGGGUGCUAUGGGUCCAAUGGCAAGGGUGGGAGAGCCCUGGAGGAGGUGAAGGAGGGGAAUCAGUCCCUUCCAGAGUGAGCUAGAUGGAGGGUAGCCAUGAGGGGAGAGAGACAGGAAAGGAGGCAUGAAAAACAGCCAUGAAUAGACCUACAAGUCAUAAGAGAUAGAGCCAGACCCAUGGAGGGACCAGGGUGGGUACUGAGGUGUUUGGGAACUGACCAAGCACCUAGAUUGCAGACAGAAAGACUGAGUGACCCGCAGCUGCCAGCUCCUUGGGAAAGAUAUGUCAGCCUGUCACUGCGGUCAGUUGCUAGGAGAGAUCCAUGCAGGGAGAAGAAACGGGAGGUAAGACAGUGGAUGGGCAGCUUCUCUGUCUCCCAGAAGAUUCUCGGUGGGAAAGAAGCUCCUGACAAAUCUCUGACACCGCCUCUUCCUCCAUCCCUAGGACAGGCUGGCCAUGACCCCAGGGUUUUUGGUGUGGGGGCAGAGGUGUAGGUGGGGCUGACAGAGGCCAGAGCUGCCAGGGCCUGUGCCCCCUGACUCACCCUGUCCUGCUAGACGGCAUUUGAUGUUGAAAGGGUGGCUCCAUUGCAGCCGCUGACUGUGCUCCUGCCUCUUAUUUCAACACCUGUGCGCCACAUUCUUCCUAAGGUCCUGGAAGGGCCAACCGCCCUGGAGAGUUGCAUUCCUGCCAAACGGUUCAGAAGGCCAGAAGACAGGGGGGCUGUUCCAGGAUGACAUGGGCUUGUGGAGGACCCCAGGACUGAGACCCCAGCAUGACAGAACCUGAGACGCUGGCCCUGCUGGAAGUGAAGGGGCCUGAAGCCCCAGAGAAGAGCCUGCCUCAGACUCUGGUUCCCAAUGGCAGGCAGCCAGGAGGGGAAAGUGGGGCCGAGUCCCCUGGAGCCGAGUCGCUCCAAGUGGGGCCGUCCGCUGGGUCUCCCACAGCGAGAGAGGAGACUGAGGAUGGGCUGGACAGCACAGUAAGUGAGGCUGCCACUUUGCCCUGGGGGAUGGACCCGCAGCCCAGUGCCCCACUCCCUGACCCCCCAGGCUGGCGGGACAUCGAGCUGGACCCUCCUGAGCCACUCAGUAAGCCAGAGGAGCCCCCCGAAGACGACUGCAAUGUGCUGCCCGAGCGGGCCGCCCGGGCCUUUGUGCCCAUUGACCUGCAGUGCAUCGAACGGAAGCCCCAGGAGGACCUCAUCGUGAGCUUCGAGGCAGGCGAGGUCGCGCACCGGGCCUUUGUGCCCCCCCGGGUCACCCAUCCUGAGCCCCCCGAGUGCAAGUGGGCCGAGGCAGUCGUGAGGGCCCCUGGCCAGUCCUUCGGGGGCUGCAGGAGCUGCAGGGGCCGAGAGGGGCUGAGGGCCGUGGUCUCAGUGGGCGCUGCUCUCCUCCUCUUCCCCUGCCUGCUCUAUGGGGCAUACGCCUUCCUGCCUUUCGACGCCCCCCGGCUGCCCACCAUGAGCGCCCGCCUGGUCUACACGCUGCGCUGCGGGGUCUUCGCUACCCUCCCCAUCGUGCUGGGACUCCUGGUGCAAGGCCUGAGCCUGCUGUGCUUUUCUGCCCUGCGGCCCUUUGGAGAGCCGAGGCGGGAGGUGGAGAUCCACCGACAGUACGUGGCUCAGUCUGUCCAGCUCUUCAUCCUCUACUUCUUCAACCUGGCUGUGCUUUCCACCUACCUUCCCCAGGACACCCUCAAGCUGCUCCCUCUGCUCACCGGGCUGUUCGCCAUCUCCAGGCUGAUAUACUGGCUGUCCUUUGCCGUGGGCCGCUCCUUCAGAGGCUUUGGCUACGGCCUGACGUUCCUGCCGCUGCUGGCCAUGCUGGUGUGGAACCUCUACUACAUGUUCGUGCUGGAGCCGGAGCGCAUGCUCACGGCCUCCGGGAGCCGCCUGGACUAUCCCGACUACGCCCGCUCAGCCUCUGACUACUGGCAGCGUCCCUGGGGCUGAGCAGCUCUGAGUCAGACACACCUUUCAGUACCCAACAACAGGCCCACAGGACCAGGCUGAGAGGAACCUUACUGCCCCAUGGGAUUCUGUGCAGAGAGCGGGUCCCCUUGGCUCUCCUGAGUCACCACUGCCCUUUGGAGACAAAGGGCACUCUGUAGUCCAGGCUGGCCUUGAACUCACGGCAAUCCUCCUGCCUCAGCCUUCUGAGUGCUGGAUUACAGGUGUGUGCCACCACACCUGGUGAGGGACUUUGCUUACAGAGAAAGAUGUGGAUGGCCAAGUCCCUUAAGGAUACUGGGGACAAAGGGACAAGACCAGGAGAAGCAUGGGUCCUUCCUGAGCUGCCUCCCACACACUGCCGCUAGGGCCAAUGCUGGACUUUGACCCCUCCCCAGCUUCCUGUGAGGCCCAAUUCUGUCCACUUCUAUGCCAGUGGUGGAGAAAAGAAUGCAAGGCCCUGGAAACACUGCUUGUGUUCAGUGAGGCCCUUCCUGGGGCCUGGGUUCAAGGCUGGCCGAGACCAGCCUUAAAGGCCCUUUAGCCUGUCACCUCCUCCCAUCCGACCUGUGCAAGCCCCUGGGCCUUCCCUCCUCCAGACCUCCCAGAAGUCAGGCCUUCCACAGGCAGAGAAGAGCAGAUAGGGCGAGGCAUGUGGGCUCGGAUCCUGGCUGCGCAGUGCCUGGAGCGCUGCGGUGGCUGAGGGUAACCUGUUGCGAGCGGGUGUGUAAC